CAACAACGUGUCGAUCUGAACAGAAACAUCUGGCGGUGCCGAGGGACGACCGCUCCAAGAUGGCCGCCGUGUUUCUGCAGGGCAGCCAAUCCGGGGUCUCCUCUUUAUGUCAUGUCGACGCUCUUGAACCCAUUGCCGAAAGGAACUCUGGGAAACAGACAACAUGGCGCGAUGUUCAAAUUCCAAAAUCAUUUUGAACUGACGUCAGUGAGAGUUUCAUCCGUAUGAACGGAGGCCGAAGGCGGCUGGAGCCGCUGGCGGCGGUCGGAGCUCCCAGGAGGAACCGCCUGAGCCGCAGACGGAGCCAGACGGGACCGGCGGAGGUUCUGGAGUCCGCCCGGAAUCAGACAGAACCAGAGUUCAAGACCCCACCAGGAUCCCAGGAACCAAACCCAGUUCGGUUCCGGGUCCGGACUCCCCGUAUAACGACCCGGAUCUCCAGCAGGACAUCGUCUGGGACGCCGCGUCCCCGACGCCGCCCUGCCGAUCCGGAACAGUAGGGAAAAAGGUCGCCGCUGGAGGCGCCGUGAACAUCUCAGAGAUCGUCACCAGGAUCGCUCCAAAGCACGGCCGGCCUCGGGUCAGCGAACCGGCGCUGCAGCAGUGGAUCGGAGACAGCGCCGCCCUGUCCUGCACUCCGGACCCUCAGGGCCCGCGGGCCAACAAGCGCUCUCCCAGAGCGACUGGAGUGGAGAACCUGCUGCGACUCGCCAGGCAGCUGGACCAGAACCUGUUCCAGAACCAGAACCUGGAGGAGUUUCUGACUGGGGAAGGUCAGGGGCCUAGUUCUUUUGUACCGGAACCCCGGUCUAACCCAGAUUUCCUGCAGGACGACCUGGACUUUCUGUUUGACGAUCCGACCCAGACGCCGAGCAGAACCCUGAGUCGAGGUCCGACUCAGAACCGACCCGGUUCAGCGUCCCAGUGUGGUUCCGGUCCGGCCGCCUCCGGGACGUGCCGUGGACCCGGUUUGGUUCAGAACCAGUUAGAAGACGACUGGGAGAACGAUGACCUGCUGAACGAUGCGCUGGUUCUGGAGAUGACCCAAAACCCGGACCGCUUCCUGGUUCCGAAGCUCUGCUCCACCCAGAACCCGGCUGGUUCUGGUCAGGGUUGGGUUGCUCCGUUAGUCGGAACCAGAAUUGAGAAAGAAAACCUGGACCCAGCCUGGAACCCGGGCUGGAGUUCUGGUUCUGGGAAGUGGGUCCAAACGAGAUCAGAACAGAACCGGUUCUCCUCCGCCUCCAGAGCUCCAGAACCGGGUCAGACGUGCAGCUUGGAACCAGAAACCCAAUGGUUCUGGAGCGACCCAAGGAACCGGGCCGGUCCUGAUGGGCUGGACGUUCUGGGCGAUCUGGACUCCGUGUUCCGGUCGGAACCAGUCUGGGACGGCCUGGCUGACGACCUGCUGUGUGAGAUGUGUGAAGACCUGGAGAACCGAAUCCAGGUCCAAACGGACCGGACCGGGUCCGACCAGACGGCGGCGCCGCAGCCAACCCACAGAACCUCUGGAAACCGGAUCCCACCGGACCCGCCCGGACCAGCGAGCUGCUCAUUGGCUGCCGCGCCGCUGAAGCAGCCAAUCGGCUUCCAGCUGCCUUUGCCUGCUGUCGUUUUCAGGAACAAAACCGGGUCAGAACCGUCUUCGGCGCCGCAACCCAAAGACGCCCGGUACUUCACCUUCACCAUGGCAACUGAGAAAGGGAAAUGUUCGGCCUCAGAAAUAGCUGAAGAAGCAGCAGGCGCUGGAGAGGCGGCGACGGCGGCUGGCCCGGACCGGAACCGGCCGGACCGGAACCAGCUGACUCUGACCGGACCGGAACCGGCCGGACCGGACCGGACCAGAACCGGCUGGCCCGGACCGGACCGGAACCGGCUGACUCUGACCGGAACCGGCUGACCCCGACUGGAACCGGCUGGACCGGACCAGAACCGGCUGGACCGGACCGGAACCGGCUGACCCCGACCGGAACUGGCUGACCCGGACCGGAACCGGCUGACCCGGACCGGAACCAGUUGAUUAUGUUAUAGAUUUAAACCGGCGAUGAUGUGUUCAGGGACCGCAGGACAAGCCGCAGCAGGACUUUGGACUCUUUCUCUAUCGGUUCUGUUUGUUUCUGUUCUAAAAUGAAAAUUCCUUCCAAAUGUUUUUCCAAGUUUCAGAAACAUCAUCACAGUUAUUUCUUCCUCUGUGUUAUGUUUUAUCUAUAAAUUGAUGAUUUCUGGCGGACUGGAAUCAAUCUGCCUUCAGUGACGUCAUCAGGAGCAGUUCAACGGUUUCUGGACGUGCUUCCUGUUGUACUGUCCCUUUAAGGCCUCAGCAGCCUCCUUCCCACUGAGCGCUCAGUUACCGAUUUAAACCUAAUUGAAUCUGAAGUUAAGAAAAGUUUCCUGAGCUGCAGUGACCUGAUGAACCAUCUGCAGCUUCCUGUCUCCAAACUGAGGACCAAGUCAAAAGCUAACAGCAUCCAGUUCAUUUAUAAAUGUCACCAUUUCAAACUAGUUAGCAAAGCAAGUCGCUAAGUAAAUAUUUAAUUGACCAUUAAAAUUGUAUCAACAUAUUUAGUGUUAUGACUCCAUCAAGCCCAAAGGCAACAACCAGCAAAAAGUGAAUUAACAAUAUUGAUUGUUUACUGCAAUAAGAGGUUUCCUGUUCACUUCAUUCGUCGUUCAGCCUAUAAAGCUCUGCAACGUUCACUGCAGAGUGAUCACAUCCAAUCCCAACCCAGAUCCCUCCAACAGAACCGGCUCCCAGACAUGACAUGUGAGUAUUCAGGAAGUGACCCAAAGACAAAAUACUGGAGGUUGGAGGCUCCAACGCUGAUCAAUGCUCGCUGCAUGGUACCACCCCCAGGAACAUUUUUCUGGCCCCGCCCCUAUAGGGAACAUUUUUCUGGCCCCGCCCCUGUGGGGAACAUUUUUCUGGCCCCGCCCCUGUGGGGAACAUUUUUCUGGCCCCGCCCCUGUGGGGAACAUUUUUCUGGCCCCGCCCCUAUAGGGAACAUUUUUCUGGCCCCGCCCCUAUAGGGAACAU